AUGUCUGGCUACGCAGGAGGUGGCCAUUAUGACGAUGGCUACGGCCAUAACGCCGCCCACGGGGACUCCUACUACCAGGACGAACAUGAACAUGCCCAGGGCGGCUACUACGACAACAACAACAACCCAGAGUAUGGCGAUGGCUACUACGACCGAAGUGGUAGUGGAUACUACGAAGGUGGUGCUCAACCACAACAUGGCUACACCGAUGGUGCAUACUACGAAGGCGAAGGCCAAGCCCAAGCCCAAGGUCACCACGACAACCAGUACUACGAUCAGUAUUACGACCAAGGCCAGGACCAGGGCCACCCUGGGUAUGGCGGUCGCGGACGCGGUGAUUCCGAGGAGGACUCAGAGACAUUCAGCGACUUUACCAUGAGGUCGGAGACUGCCCGUGCCGCGGACAUGGAUUACUAUGGCCGUGGUGACGAGCGCUACAACAGCUAUGCUGAUAGCCAGUAUGGUCGUGGCUAUGGUGGCUACCGCCCUCCUUCCUCCCAGGUUUCCUACGGUGGAAACCGAUCAUCCGGUGCAUCUACCCCUGUAUACGGCAUGGAGUACGGAAACGCGUUGCCGGCUGGCCAGCGUUCGCGAGAGCCCUAUCCAGCCUGGACGUCUGACGCCCAGAUUCCCCUCUCCAAGGAGGAGCUUGAAGAUAUCUUCAUCGACCUGGUAAACAAAUUCGGUUUCCAGCGUGACAGCAUGCGCAACAUGUACGACCAUAUGAUGACCCUCCUCGACUCGCGUGCCUCACGUAUGACGCCCAACCAAGCUCUUCUGUCAUUGCACGCCGACUACAUCGGUGGUCACAAUGCCAACUACCGCCGUUGGUACUUCGCGGCUCACCUGGAUCUUGAUGAUGCUGUUGGUUUCAGCAACAUGAAGCUGGGUAAAGCUGAUCGUAAGACCCGUAAGGCUCGCAAGGCCGCCAAGAAGGCCGCCGAGCAGAACCCAGAAAACGAGGCGGAGACCCUUGAAGCUUUGGAGGGUGACAACAGUUUGGAAGCUGCUGAGUACCGCUGGAAGUCUCGCAUGAAUCGCAUGUCCCAGCACGACCGUGCCCGCCAAAUAGCUCUAUAUCUCUUGGUUUGGGGUGAAGCCAAUCAGGUGCGAUUCUUGCCUGAAUGUAUUUGUUUCAUCUUCAAGUGUGCCGAUGACCACUACUCCUCUCCCGAAUGCCAGGCUCGUGUGGAACCCGUCGAGGAGUUCACUUACUUGAACGAUAUCAUCACGCCCUUAUAUCAAUUCUGUCGCGACCAAGGAUACGAAAUUCUGGAUGGCAAGUACGUCCGCCGCGAGCGUGACCACAAUCAAAUCAUUGGUUACGAUGAUAUGAACCAGCUGUUCUGGUAUCCGGAGGGAAUCGAGCGCAUUGGGUUUGAGGAUAAGACUCGCUUGGUGGACUGUCCCCCUGCCGAGCGAUGGCCGAAGCUGAAAGACGUCGUCUGGAAAAAUGCCUUCUUCAAGACAUACAAGGAGACCCGUUCAUGGUUCCAUUUGAUCACCAAUUUCAACCGUAUCUGGGUCAUUCACUUGUGCUCUUUCUGGUUCUUCACUGCCUACAACUCGCCCACUCUAUACACUGACCACUAUACUCAACAAGCCGACAACAAGCCUCCUGCGAUGAGGUAUUUGGCCGCUGUUGGAUUUGGUGGUGCGCUUGCUGCUUUUAUCCAGGUAUUCGCCACUAUCUGUGAAUGGCUGUACGUCCCUCGACGCUGGGCCGGUGCCCAGCACCUGCGUAAGCGUUUUUUCUUCCUCCUAGCUGUCUUGGUUGCCAACCUUGUUCCUGGUGUCAUCAUAUUUGGAUUUGUCGAAAGAUUCGGAGCCGCCUCAAAAGCCGUCGGCCUGAUUCUCGGAAUCGUUCACUUUGUGCUGGCCAUUUUCACUACUGCAUUCUUUGCUAUCCAACCCCUGGGUGGUCUCUUCGGUAGUUACUUGAACAAGAAGGGUCGCCAGUAUGUGGCCAGUCAAACUUUCACGGCCAGCUUCCCCAAGUUGCACGGAAACGAUAUGUGGAUGUCUUACGGCCUCUGGGUCUGCGUUUUUGGAGCAAAGCUUGCUGAGUCUUACUUCUUCUUGACUCUGUCGUUCAAGGAUCCUAUCCGUAUUCUCUCUCCGAUGACCAUUCGUCAAUGUACUGGUGUGGUAUGGGCCACCAACAUUCUCUGCCACAAGCAACCGCAGAUUUUGCUUGGUCUCAUGUUCUUCAUGGACCUGACCCUCUUCUUCUUGGACAGCUACCUGUGGUACAUUAUCUGCAACACGAUUUUCUCAGUGGCCCGGUCGUUCUACUUGGGUGUCUCCAUCUGGUCUCCAUGGCGAAACAUUUUCUCUCGUCUGCCCAAGCGUAUCUACUCAAAGGUCCUCGCCACCACGGACAUGGAGAUCAAGUACAAGCCUAAGGUCCUCAUCUCGCAGGUGUGGAAUGCCAUUAUCAUUUCCAUGUACCGUGAACAUCUCCUGGCCAUCGACCACGUACAGAAGCUUCUAUAUCACCAGGUUCCCUCGGAGCAGGAGGGCAAGCGUACUCUUCGUGCCCCAACCUUCUUCGUAUCCCAAGAGGACCAGUCUUUCAAGACCGAGUUCUUCCCUGGUGGCAGCGAAGCCGAACGUCGAAUCUCGUUCUUCGCUCAGUCUCUGUCUACUCCCAUGCCCGAGCCUCUUCCUGUUGACAACAUGCCUACCUUCAGUGUCCUCAUUCCCCACUAUGGUGAAAAGAUCCUGCUCUCCCUGCGCGAAAUCAUCCGUGAGGAUGAGCCAUACUCUCGUGUUACGCUUCUUGAGUAUCUCAAGCAGCUGCACCCUCACGAAUGGGACUGUUUUGUCAAGGACACUAAGAUUCUGGCUGAUGAGACAUCUCAAUUCAAUGGCGAAUACGGUGAAAAGGGAGAAAAAGAUGCUGCUAAGAGCAAAAUCGAUGAUCUGCCUUUCUACUGCAUUGGAUUCAAGUCUGCCGCUCCUGAGUAUACUCUGCGAACCCGUAUCUGGGCUUCUCUCCGCUCUCAGACCCUGUACAGAACUGUCUCCGGUUUCAUGAACUACAGCCGUGCGAUCAAACUUCUUUACCGUGUUGAAAACCCCGAGGUCGUUCAGAUGUUCGGUGGUAACUCCGAGAAGCUCGAGCGUGAAUUAGAGCGGAUGGCUCGUCGCAAGUUCCGCAUCUGUGUCUCCAUGCAACGUUAUGCCAAGUUCAACAAGGAUGAACGCGAGAAUACCGAGUUCCUCCUCCGUGCCUACCCCGAUCUGCAAAUUGCUUACCUCGAUGAGGAGGCCCCAGCCACCGAGGAAGAGGAACCCCGUCUCUACUCUUCUCUGAUUGACGGUCACUGUGAACUGCUUGAAAAUGGCAUGCGUAAGCCCAAGUUCCGCAUUCAACUUUCCGGUAACCCCAUUCUCGGUGACGGAAAGUCUGACAACCAGAACCAUGCAAUCAUCUUCUACCGCGGUGAAUACAUCCAAUUGAUCGAUGCUAACCAGGAUAACUACCUGGAAGAGUGUCUCAAGAUUCGCAGCGUUUUGGCUGAGUUCGAGGAAUUGACCACUGACAACGUUUCGCCCUACACACCCGGCAUCCCCUCUCCUGACACCAACCCGGUCGCUAUUCUUGGAGCUCGUGAAUACAUUUUCUCCGAGAACAUUGGUGUGCUUGGUGAUUUGGCUGCUUCUAAGGAACAGACAUUCGGUACCCUUUUCGCACGUACUUUGGCUCAGAUUGGUGGUAAGCUUCAUUAUGGUCACCCUGAUUUCCUCAACGCUACAUUCAUGACAACUCGUGGUGGUGUUUCCAAGGCCCAGAAGGGUCUGCACCUUAACGAGGAUAUCUACGCCGGUAUGAACGCCAUCCUUCGUGGUGGUCGCAUUAAGCACUGCGAGUACUUCCAGUGCGGUAAGGGUCGUGAUUUGGGUUUCGGUUCCGUCUUGAACUUCACAACGAAGAUUGGUACUGGUAUGGGUGAACAGAUGCUGUCCCGAGAGUAUUAUUACCUCGGAACUCAACUUCCCCUUGACCGCUUCCUCUCGUUCUACUAUGCCCACCCCGGUUUCCACAUCAACAACAUGUUCAUUAUGUUGUCUGUGCAGAUGUUCAUGAUUGUGCUCAUUAACCUUGGCGCCUUGAAGCACGAGACGAUCACCUGUCGUUUCAACUCCGAUUUGCCUAUCACUGAUCCUCUACUCCCAACGUACUGUGCCGAUCUUACUCCCAUUCUGAACUGGGUGAACCGUUGUGUUAUCUCCAUUUUCAUUGUGUUCUUCAUCUCGUUUGUUCCCCUUGGUGUUCAGGAACUGACCGAGCGUGGUGUUUGGCGCAUGGCUACUCGUCUGGCCAAGCAUUUCGGUUCUUUCUCCUUCAUGUUCGAGGUGUUCGUUUGCCAGAUUUACGCUCAUUCCGUUCACCAAAACUUGUCGUUCGGUGGUGCUCGAUACAUUGGUACCGGUCGUGGUUUCGCGACUGCCCGCAUUCCUUUCGGCGUGUUGUACUCCCGUUUUGCUGGUCCCUCUAUCUACGCCGGUGCACGUCUACUCAUGAUGUUGCUUUUCUCCACUUCGACCUACUGGACCCCUGCCCUCAUCUGGUUCUGGGUUUCAUUGCUGGCCCUCAUUGUGUCGCCCUUCCUGUUCAACCCCCACCAGUUCGCAUGGAAUGACUUCUUCAUCGACUACCGCGACUACCUUCGCUGGCUCUCGCGUGGUAACUCUCGUUCGCAUGCUUCCUCCUGGAUUGGUUUCUGCCGUCUUUCUCGGACUAGAAUCACUGGUUACAAGCGCAAGCUUCUCGGAGUUCCAUCUGAGAAGGCCUCAGGGGAUGUUCCUCGUGCUCGCAUCACGAACAUCUUCUUCAGCGAAAUCAUCGCACCCUUGGUUGUUGUUGGAGUGACAGUUAUUCCGUACCUCUUCAUCAACUCUCGAACAAUGUACAGCGACAACUCGGACUACGCACCCAACGCCAUCCUUCGUAUCGUUCUUGUGUCCCUGGCACCUGUUGCGAUCAAUGCGGGCGUGGCGGGCAUGUUUUUUGCCAUGGCAUGCUGUAUGGGUCCCCUCUUCAGCAUCUGUUGUAAGAAAUUCGGUGCCGUCUUGGCAGCUAUUGCCCAUGCCAUUGCUGUCAUUGCUCUCAUCAUCUUCUACCUUGUGCUGUUUGUCCUUGAAGCUUUCAACUGGCCUAGAACUUGUUCUGGUCUCAUUGCGAUGAUGGCUAUUCAGCGUUUUGUUUACAAGUUGAUCGUCGCACUCUGUCUCACCCGUGAGUUCAAGCAUGAUCAAUCGAACGUUGCUUGGUGGACUGGUAAAUGGUACAACAUGGGCUGGCACUCCCUGUCCCAGCCAGGUCGUGAGUUCUUGUGUAAGAUCACAGAACUUGGUUACUUCGCCGCCGACUUCGUUCUCGGCCAUAUCAUUCUCUUCUUCAUGCUGCCCGUUCUUGCCGUUCCUUACGCCGACAAGUUCCACUCUGUUAUCUUGUUCUGGCUGCGUCCUAGCCGUCAAAUUCGUCCCCCUAUCUACUCCUUGAAGCAAUCGAAACUCCGUAAGAGACGCGUGAUUCGAUUUGCCAUUCUGUACUUCACCAUGCUCGUCCUCUUUAUUGUUCUCAUCGCAGCCCCGGUCAUUGUUCACAACAAGGGUUUUGCGAAGGACGUGGUCGAUCAACUUUGGAGUAGCAUUGGUGUCAACGGCAACAAUAAUAUGAUGUAUCUCCUCCAGCCCAUGGACAAGGGCUUGAACGAUACAGCGACCUACAAAACAGGUAGCAACCUCCCUCAAGGGGAGUCAGGCCAGUCCGGUUUCGCGGAAACCACUGGUACUUUCGCCAAGAACGCAAAGAGGUUGUAUACUGGUAUCUAG